AUGGCGAGUAUUCCGUCAAGUGACGCCGAUCACGACGUUGCCGUGCGCGACACAGCGUCAGAUGCAUCGCUAUGCAAACUUUCAGCCUGUCAGAUGGGAUACUAUGUUGACCCUUUUAUCCAGUUCUUUGUGAAGGCGCCGUCGCGCCGUAUGCCUAUCAUCAACCGUGGCUAUUAUGCACGUGUGGCUGUUAUUGAGACGCUCGUGCGAAAGUUUUUAGCCACAGAACAACCGAAGAAACAGGUAGUUAUCUUAGGUGCAGGCCUUGAUACCAUGUUUUUUCGCUUAAAAAGCACUGAGGUACUUGCCAAUUGCGAGUACUUUGAGCUCGAUUUUCCCGAUGUGACCAUGCAAAAGGUGAGCACUAUUAAGCGUCGUAAGCCGCUAAUGGCAGCUUUAGAGCUUAGUACACCUACAGAUUUCAUGGCUGCAGUCUCUUCAAACUGCACAGAGCUAAACGUUCCAGGGUACCACCUUCUUCCUUGUGAUUUAAGGGAUCUGGACGCUACAACAGCUAAAAUGGAAAUGGCUGGCAUCGAUCACAGUGUUCCGACGCUUUUUGUGUCAGAAUGCGUGCUCAUCUACAUGGAAGCCAAGUUUUCCACUCAGUUUGUAGUCUGGGCCCGAUCUUUCUUUGACGAUGUGAGCUUUGCAUUGUACGAGCAAAUCUUGCCCAACGAUGCAUUUGGAAAGGUGAUGAUGGCGAACAUUGAUGCACGCGGAUGUAAUCUACUGAGUAUUUACGAUUAUCCAACGAUUGAAGCACAGAUUACAAGAUUUACUAGUAACAAGUACGAAGUGGCUCAGUGCUGGGAUAUGAACAAGGUCUACUACCACUAUUUGGAUCCAUCUGAACGCGUCAGACGCGAAAGACUUGAGAUCUUUGAUGAGCUAGAAGAAUUUCAUAUGUUGCAAGCACAUUAUUGUGUCGUUGUUGCUAGUAACAAGGCCUCAAGCUCGAGCGCUCGUGCAUUAUCACUAGGAGACUACAAAACAUAA